CGCAACCAUGGGAGGUAGGAGAAGCAUUGCAGGCUUCUAUUCAAGUGAAAAGAUUGCCAAUGCUUUCGCCUAUGAGAGUUCAGAACUUGACUGGUGUGAAGACAACUACAGAUACUCAGAACAUGUCGUGGAGUAUUUCAACACGGUCAGCAGCUUUUUUUUCUUCAUUGUCUCACCAAUCAUGCUCUAUCUGCUGCAUCCCUAUGCCAAAGAGAGGAACCUGGGGAUCCACGUGGUGUGGAUCAUGAUGAUUUUUGUAGGAGUUUUCUCAGCGUACUUCCACAUGACUCUUAGCUUCGUUGGCCAGAUGUUGGAUGAGCUCUCCAUUUUGUGGGUGUUGGCUGUCGGAUAUGCAGUUUGGUUCCCUCGUAAACUAUUUCCCUCUUUCAUUAAAGACAGGUCUACAUUUUCCCGCCUCGUCCUUUUGAUUACCGUCAUCACCACUGCGUCAUCGUUUGUCAAACCUGCAGCAAACGCCUACGCCUUGAACUGUUUUGGCCUCCACCUUCUGUACACCUUAGCUGUGGAGAUGAAAUGCUGCACUGACCAGAAGGCUUUACGCCUCGCCAAGCUGUCGGUGGCUCUGUGGGUGCUUGCCAUCUCCUGCUGGAUUAGCGACCGUUUGUGCUGCAGUCUCUGGCAGCGGUUAAACUUCUGCUACCUUCACGGGAUCUGGCAUAUUCUCAUUGUGAUGGCUGUUGCCUAUGGCAGCACGCUGAUAGCUUACCUGGAUGCCAGCAACGAAAUGCCCUAUUCACUGCCUGGACUGCAGUACUGGCCCUGUGAUAAAUGGGCAGUUGGAUUCCCCCACAUUGUCCUCUCCAGCUCUCUCAAGACUCGGAAACGGUGCUGA